AAGUAGAUAUCAAAGAAGAAAUAGAUUUUAAAACAAAAUAUAUUAAUCAAAAAAAGAAACCUGAAUUACAUUUAAUACAGGAUCAAAAAAUUAAAUCAUUAAAAGGUGCUAUAGAUUUUUUACAUAUUAAAGAACAAAUUGAAAAUGAAUCAUUAUUAUCAAAUUUGCUAAAUAAAAAAUUUUUUGAUGAAUUAAUUCAAACAAACAGUUUUUUGGUUAAAAAUCAAAGACAAUUAUUACAAACAGUAAGAAAAAAUAGGUUACAAUUGUUAGUAAAUAAUUAUUAUAACACAUUAAAGAAAGAAAUAGAAAUAUCAAAAGAUUUAGAACAAUUAAAUGAUGGUGGAUAUUUUGAUGAAAGAAUUGGUGAAAUUAGAGAAGAAUAUUUGGAUUCUAAUAAUUCGAAAGAAAAAUUACAUAUUUUACGAAGAUCAAGAAUUGAUCAAUUAUUAGGAAGUGAAGAAGAUCAAAGAUAUGAUCUUAUAAGAGAUAUUAUUAAUAAUACAGAAAAUAUCGAAGAAAUAUCAGAUUCAUCAGAAAUAUUUACAGAUAUUAAAAUAUUAAAUCAAACUUUAUUAACAGGAAAUCAUGAUAAAUUAGAAUUAGAAAGAGAAUGA